GAACAGGUUAGUUAGUUGGUAUUUUGUAGCCUACAAUGGCAGCCGUUGUCUUUAUUUGCCAUCAAUCGGGUUCUGUGGUGUAGUAUUAGAUUUACGAAAAAAAAAAAAAUACCUCAACGCGCGUCCUAAGCACAUCAAACACCCCGAACCACAGAAUGUAUAGAGGAAAAGACAGACACACCCCGACAACAUCCCGAACAUCAACAGAUCCGAGGAUUCGAUCCAAAACCCCAAAGAAUUGGUAUUUGGGGUUAGUCCUAAGAUUCAGGCCCAGAACCAGAUCUCUGAGUCCCGGAGGGGCGGGGGGUUUACAAAGCUCAAGAAAACAUUAUUGGGGUUUGGAGAGUACGUACCUAACUACAGGAUACAAUAGUGUCCUGGAAAGCAGCGGGUAUGCAAGUUUGGUUCCGCAAGCACAAAGAUCAGGACCAGGCUCUGGAAAGGGUAGGCGGAGAGAAUGGGCGGUUAUGGUCUGGACCGGAUUAUCCUAUGUUGGUUCUAAUUGGGUUGUUAGUGAUGGGGCGAUGAUUAGUAAGGGCAAUUAGGGCUGGUAUUUUUUUUUUUUUUUUUUUUUUUGACAGUGAGAAUGACGGGUGGAUAUCAGUAUGUCUCAGUGUUAGCACCAGUAGCAACCCGGUUAGAGAAAGGCACACGAGUAACCAAUCCGUGUAGAUACGGAGGCGACAGGUGAAACAAGCAGAAACAUUCAGAAGCCACUUAGCAUCCGCAAUUUUGGUUCAUCG